AUGCAGUCAGCCGCACUUCGUUCAGGUCUCACAACCCAUCUAGACGGUGCAAGAGCCUUGGAUGAGUUGCUGCAACGAUGGAUCGCCCAGAUUACUUCAGCGGCUGCCUUGGAGAAAGUGGAUCUGAAGUCCACCAGUCCAUCGACCGCGGUGGACGGCUCCACUCUCAAAACCUCUUCGCCAUCUCCCGUUGUUCCUCCUCCUCCUCCACCGCCACCACCACCACCACCGCCCUCUCGUCAUGCUCUUCGACCGGUCUAUCCUUUUCAACCAAGGAGUCUGCGAGGCACUCAGUACCUUGUUCCACAGCAGAGUUCGAGCGCAGUUGGACCCAAAGCCACUUUGUCCAAAUGGGUGCAGAACUUGGGGGUAUGUGAGGUUUAUAUUAUCUUUGGCUUCAUAAAUGUACCGUUUGUGUUGUCGGUUAACUUAAUUUUUUAUAUGCAAUCUGAAUUUUUUUGUGUUUGUGAAUUGCGCCACCUCGAGACAUCCCUUUCAGAAGAAUGUCCUCUGCCUCAUUUGUGGCCAACUGCUCUGCGAUAUUUGUUUUCCCAAUUUGUCUCAACUACUCUUUCAGGUAGACGUCGGAUCUCCUUUUCUGCCUAUUCUUCACCCUGUUUGCAUUGUCACCUCUGCUUUUCUGCUCCACAGCACGCGAUUCGUUGUGAUGGCUUUGUGGGUGUAGCGUUAGAAAUCAACACUUCUCUGGUUCACGUCUCCUUGGGCACGAGUUUAUGCGAAUGGGGCUCCAUCUACUUAGACUCCUACGGUGAAGAGGAUCUUGAUUUGAAACGAGGGAAGCCGCUUUUCCUCAACGAAGACCGAUUCGCGUUGCUGGAGAGCCAGUGGAUGUCGCACUCGUUUCGGCAUGUGCUGAAGCCCUGGCGUCACUACUAG